UGUCACAGCCACCACAGCCUCCUGCCUCCUAAAGCCGGCAGCGGGGGGGAGCUGCAAGACAGAGAGUGUGCAGAGACAUUUGUUCCACACAGACGGAGGAGAGGAAGCAGCGGAGGACAACAUAACAGAGGAGAGAGGGAAAAGAAGUUCUGAGAGUCGGGGGAGGAAGGGAGCUGCAGAGGAGCCAUGGAGCUGUCGGACCUCCACGUGAAGGGAAAGUCCAAGAGGAAGAGGAAGAGGAGGAGGAGGAGGAGUGAAGGCAAAGAACGAGGCGACAUGUUAUCAACCCUCACCAGUCCAGUGCCACACUGGGAGACUGGAGCUUCAUCAGCUGAGGAUGCAGACAACUCAAGUACGAGCAGUUUGGAGGUGAAGGAGAAUCAGGAGGAUAAACUCCAGGUGGACUGUGACCUACAGAGAAAGUAUCAUCCCUCAGCUUUCUGCAGGACGUUCCCCAGACGCAGAGCGAGGGCCACGAGGAGGAAGCAGCCGCUGGUGGAUGGAAAAGACCGACCGCUCUACCAGAGCCACUCGACCUGUAAACGAGCCUCGUGGGCCGUCACUCAGAAGAACGCUCUGGUGCAGCUGAACGAGCUGCGACCCGGGCUGCUCUACGAGGUCGCCUCAGAGACGGGUCCUCUGCACGCUCCGGUGUUCUCCGUCGGCGUGGAGGUCAACGGCCUCCACUUCGAAGGUCGAGGGCCGACCAAGAAGCAGGCGAAGAUGAGGGCCGCGGAGCUCGCUCUCCGGUCCUUCAUCCAGUUCCCCAACGCCUCCCAGGCUCACACCGUGAUGGAGAACUUCACCGGGUCACCCACGGACUUUACAGCAGAUAAACUGGACAUCCUCGAUGGAUUCCUCCAGGAGUCUGAGCCAUCACUGUUUGGAGAUCUCCUGCAUGGCAACACAGGAAAACAGGAGGUUUUCUCCAGCAUCUACAACCACAAACGACUUGUUCAUCUCACACUGGACUUGGUCUCCUCAGCAAACCCCAAAAGAAGAGUCCUCUGCACCUCUCUGCUAGAGCGCCUCAGCCCGGUGGCGCUGCUCAGCGAGCUGCAACCAGGGCUCAGGUACAUGUGCCUGGUGGAGAGAGCUCACGGCAGAUUGAUGAGGAGCUUCGUCAUGGUUGUUCGGGUGGCGGGGGGGGUGUUUGAAGGGUGUGGUCACAGUAAGAGACGGGCGAAGGAGCAGGCGGCAGCAGCUGCUCUACAGUCCCUGUACAACAUCAGCCUGGGACCAGAGAAGAAGGUCAUGGGUCUCCAGAGCAGCAGAACCAAAAACCAGCUUCCUCAGUUCUUCGCGGAGUCCAUCUUCCACCUGGUGAGAGAGAAACACGCUGAGUUGACGGUGGGCGGUUCCUCCUCCUCGCCCGCUCGCCACAAGGCGCUGGCGGGAAUCGUGAUGACCAGAGGCUUCGACCUCAGAUCAGCCCACGUCGUGUCUCUGGCCACGGGGACAAAGUGUCUGGACAACACGAGCGACCGCGACUCGACGCUCGGCGACUGUCACGCUGAAGUUCUCAGCAGGAGAGCGCUGGUUCGAUUCCUGUACUCUCAGCUGGAGCUGCUGCUCUGUGAUCCGGCAGACGGCGAGGAACGAUCCAUCUUUGUGCCAAGUGAAGGCGGCGGCUUGCGGCUGCAGGACGGCGUCUCGUUCCACAUGUACGUCAGCUCGUCCCCGUGUGGAGACGCUCGACUCAACUGCCCCUACGAGACCAGUGCUGCCUAUCCCGGCCGGAGGUGUCGCUCUCACCUCAGGGCGAAGGUCAACGGGGGGGAGGGCACGCUGCCUGUCACGGCACGAGGAGCCAAUCAGAAACGGGACGCUCGGUCGCCGGGGGAACGUCUGGUCUCCAUGUCCUGCACCGACAAAAUGGCAAAGUGGAGCGUGGUCGGCCUCCAGGGGGCGCUGCUGUCCCACCUGGUGGAGCCGGUCUACCUGCACAGCCUGACCGUGGGGACGCUGAGCCACACGGGUCACCUGGGCCGAGCCCUGAGCCGGCGCCUCGAGGCCGUCAAGCACCUCCCCUUCCCCUACCGCCGCCGGCAGCCGCUGCUCAGCUGUAGGUCCACGAGCGAGGUGCGGCCGGGGGGGAAGGCCCCGAGCGUCAUCCUGACCUGGAGCCGAGGAGCCGGAGGCCCGGAGGAGAUCAGCACCUCCUCGGGGAGGAGGCGGGACUCCGGGACGCCAUCGCAGCUCAGCAGGAGCUCGCUGUUUGACCGCUGGCGGGGGCUGCAGCGUCAGAUAUCGGGCACAGGAGCGACCACCGGGACGUACAGCGGCUCCAAGCUGAGUGCCGGACGCUACCAGGGGGCGCUGCAGCAGUUCACCAGCGCUCUGCAGGGCGCCGGCCUCGGGACGUGGCUCCGGAAGUCUCCACAGCCGGGCCGGUUGUCCGUCAGCAUGUGA